CCGGAGCAGCCGCGAGCGGGCCGCCGGCCGGUCUCUGCCUCCGCGCGCCGCCAUCGCCGUCAUGCUGGGCGCCGCUCUCCGCCGCUGCGCCGCGGCCGCAGCCGUCCGAGCCGGACUUCGAGGCCUCCAGCGCCCCGGCCCGGCUCCCGGCGCCGCCGCCGCUCUCCAGUCAGUUUGCUGCUACUCCCACGGGUCGCACGAGACAGACGAGGAGUUUGACGCUCGAUGGGUGACGUAUUUCAACAAGCCAGACAUAGAUGCCUGGGAGCUGCGUAAAGGGAUGAACACGCGUGUUGGCUAUGAUCUGGUGCCAGAGCCCAAAGUCAUUGAUGCUGCUCUGCGGGCCUGCACACGGCUAAAUGACUUCGCUAGUGCAGUCCCCAUCCUAGAGGUUGUGAAGGACAGAGCAGGACCUCAUAAGGAAAUCUACCCCUAUGUCAUCCAGGAACUUAGACCAACUUUAAAUGAACUGGGAAUCUACUCCAGAGGAGCUGGGCCUUGACAAAGUGUAACCUGUGUGAUCCCCAGCGCCUUACUGCAUUGCUACUUGACUGUAACCGUCUCCUGGACAUGCUGAUGAUAGCAUUACCUUAUUCAAACACGCUUUCCCUUAUUGAGCGCCAGACUACGCCAUGGCAACUUGGACU